AUUUGUGAAUCAAAGGUUGCAAAUAAAAGAUUAUAUUCAUAAACAAUCAGUGUAAUGAAAGAUAACUAACAAUCAUAUAUUAUCAUGAAAUCUCUUUACCCCUUUUUCAUGGCCGUUUGUAUUUCUUCCGAAUUUAAGUUCAAGUGAAGAAAGUAGAAAAAUGGAGAACCCAAUACUUUAUGUAGCAAUAUCACUAAUGUUGACUUUUGUCGAAGUGAUGUCCAAUACGGACAAUACUGCAGAUUGUCCAAAAAUAUAUCAAAGAUUCAGCACUAGUCAUACAUAUUGUCAGCCAAAAAACACUUCUUGUAACAUAAUACGAUCAAAUUUGGCACAGCAAGAGAUUAACCAGGUCAUACAGCUUCAUAAUAAUUAUCGAAGCACUAUUGCAACUCAAGGAAAAGGAAGUAAUGGUCUUCCACCUGCAGCUGACAUGCUAUAUAUGGAAUGGGAUAACGAACUGGCUGCGAUUGCACAACGUCAUACUGAUUCGUGUGUUUACAAACAUGACGAGGGAGAUGAGAGACGAGUUAGAAAUUUCGGGGUUGGACAAAAUAUUGGAAAACAGACAGUUUCUGGUUCUAAUGUAGAACAGCCACAGCCUGAUUGGGCGUGGGCUAUUGGAGCGUUUUAUAACGAAAUUAAAGAUUUUUCAAGAGAUAUGAAUUGUGGAUCCCGAGACCUGCCACCAGGUCAUGGGGAAAUUGGACAUUUUACUCAGGUUGUUUGGUCAAGAUCUUUCAGAGUUGGAUGCGGCUACACUCUGUUUAAGGAAGGCGAUACUUACACACGAUAUUACGCUUGCAAUUAUGGUCCAGGAGGAAAUGUUGGUGGUGAAUGUGUAUAUACAGAAGGUCCAGCAUGUAGUAAAUGUCCAGCAAAUACUCAAUGUACAAAAGACACAACACAUCCUGGGCUUUGCCAACGAACCAAUACUGAGGCACCUUAUCAGCCUCUUAAAGUACCAACUAUCUUCAAUUGCAACUUUAUAAAUGCCAACUCAGAAGAUUGCAAAAUACAUGCCAUUGGAGAUAACAGUUGGUAUUAUACGCCAGCUUUAGGUGGUAAUUACUUAGAAACAGUUCUUCAACCUGGUCAAAAUGGGACUGUUAUAUUUUCCAAACGUAUCAUUGGAGGUCCAAGUGCAAAAAAGUUAUGCGUCCAGAUAAAAUACCGUAAGGGACCAGAGUUAGCGAAGAAUGCUCAAAAUAAUGUAGGAAAAGCAAUAUUUAUUGUACCUGCUUACAACGACUUCACUGCACCUUUUGACUUUCCAAGUUAUGAUGGUGGUUUCCGGCAAGGUUUUACUCCUUAUAGUCUUACUUUAGGGUGGAAAGAACCAACAGAAUUGAAGAUAUCUUUCGCAGUUCCAAAUGGUGCUACACCCCAAUUCUUUAAUGUGAAAUCUAUAGUUGGAUUUAAUGACAAAUGCGAAAAUACUGGGGACUAUUAGAAGAAACCAAAAUGUUGUUAUGGAUACAUUGUUUUGAUUGAAAAUAUAAAUAAUUGUUGAAAAUAAAUAUUGAUUAACUUA